ACACACACACACACACACACACACACACACACACAAACACACCGGAAGUUGACAGAUAAACGGUCCACUUUGCGAACAGAAACGAUUCUGACCUUUUUAAAGCAAACCAAAAUAAACAGUGUGUCUUACAGGAGAAGGAGAGAGAGAGAGAGAGAGAGAGAGAGAGAGAGAGAGGAACAUGGCCAUGAACAUUAACACUCAAGAGGAUUACGAGGAUGACUUUGAGAAAGAGUUGGACUGGCUGAUCAGUGAGGAGAGCAAGAACGGUCAGCAGGAUGAAGAAGACUUCGAAGCCCAGAUAGACCACGAGCUGGAAGACGAGGAACAACGGCAGGAAGUUGAUGAAGGGCGAAGUAAAAAUGACGAUGGAGAUAGCGAAAGAUGGACGACGCCCAUGGACCCUUUGGAGGACGAGUUAGAUGUCGACGCUGAUUCUAAACACGAGCAGGAUGAUGAAGAGGAGAAGAAAUUCAUCCAGAAAAAGAUCGAGCAGGCCAACAGGCAGCUGCAGGACCAGGAGGCGCCGGACGAGACGCGCCGCCGUCGUCUGCACUUCAAAGACACGCUGGUGGACCUGGUGGUUCCUGCUAGUGACCUGGAGGACAGCUCGGCGGACGUUUCGGACCACUUGCUGAAGCUGAAGAUCUCCUCUCAGGAUGAAAGCGAUGGAGCAGACGGACGCAGAGAAGGACGAGUGCUGGUGGAGAAGGACGGGAAGUUUGAUCUAGUGAGUCUGAAAGAGGUGGAGAGUCCCGGGCUGCUCCCGCCUCUCCCCGAGACUCAGCGAGAACAAGGCAAGAGUCCAUCCUCCUCCCCGAAACUGCUCUCCAGCUCCGGUUCUUCAGCCUCCUCCGAGCCUCGCUACGCACCCAGGCCUCCGCCACGACCUCGGGCACGUCCCAAUUCAGCCAGCAACACGCAAAGGGUGGUGUUCAGACACGACAGCAAGCGCAGGGUCCAGUCGGCCAGCGGGGUUACUUCCCAUGCCACCUUCUUCCUCUCGCCGCAGCAGAAAGAAAUGCUGAACAAACAGCAGGAGAGGAGAGAGAAAAUGGCCAGAGAGGAGGAAGAGCGGAGGCGCGAGGAGGAGGAGCAGAAGCGACAGGAGAAUGAGCUGGCAUUCAGGGCGUGGCUGAUGAAGAAGAGGCAGCAGCUCCGGGAGGACAGGAGAGUGCUGAGAGCUCAGGAGAUGGAGAGGAUGAGCGGAAAGAGGGACUGCUGUGACGCCGAGGAGGCCUUUAAACACUGGCUGCAGAAGAAGCAACAGCAGCAGCUGAAGGAGCGACAGCUGGAGGAGAUGAAGAGGCUCGAGAUGGAGAGCAGCAGCUACCUGCACCAACCUGAGGAGUGUGAGAAAGCCUUCAGACUGUGGUUGAGGAGGAAGCGGGUGGAGAAGCGCUUGGAACAACAGGCUGCUCGAGAGCGCUCCCGCAGGCUGCUGAUGGAAGAGCGACGCACCAGGCGUAUGAACGACCUGUACUACCCCAUCAACGAGAUCCAGUCCCUCCGUUUCCACCAGCCCUACAGCCACCGCUUCUAAACUCCACACAGUUUUAAAAUCACUCUGACUCCCACUUGUAAACUCUUCCAAAUCCAAAAUCACCAUGGCUACCACUUCUAAGCUCCACCCAAUUCCAAAAUCACCACAGCCACUCACAGGUACCCUCACAACUCUGCUCCUCCCAGUUCCAGGCUCCAUUCGCAAUGGAUCAAUAAAAUCUCAUUCUCAGUCA